AUGUCCGAGAGAAGUUUACUCGAUUUGCCAGUUGAAAUUCUACAUCAUAUCUUUGAUUAUCUUCAUAUCAAAACAAUCUUUUGUUCAUUACGAUGUACUUGCACUCAACUUCAUGCUACAGUUCAAACUUACAAAAACUUCCAACUCGACUUAUCUGCAUCGACUUCCACAGUACAAUUUCAAUAUAUUUCUCAAUUAUUUCAUCCCGAACGUAUUACUGGAUUGAUUUUCUUCGCUGAAAUCAAUCAGCAUUCAAAUCGAGCAAAAUUAUUCUUUGCAAGUUUUCCCAUCUACCAAUUCACUCGUCUUCGUUCAAUAGCACUUCUGAACAUUAGCAUUGAUGAUUUAAAUGAAUUUUUACAAUGUGCGUCUGUUCUACUUGUAACAUCACUGUCAAUACAUUUAGCUAAUCCAUACUUUCAUAGAUCAUUGCCACUCUUGACAUCAUUGAUCAAUCAAGGAAAUCUUCGCAGAUUACAAAUAAUUAACAUGUACUAUGUUCUACAACCUUUGUUAUGGUCUACACAUUGCAAAUUGACUUAUUUGGCAAUAUUUAAGUGCACUUUCGAAGAGUUGUUUAUUAUUCUUGGGCGAUGUUCAUUUCUACGAACGUUCGUUUUACAAGAUUGUACAAUGUACAAUGCGGAUGUUGCCAACUUUCAUUCAUGUCCACAAUUAACUUCACUACACAUAACAGAUGCGUACUUGUCAUGGAAAUCUCUCCGGCAUUUACUUUCGUCAACCCCAUCACUUGUUGAUCUCAAAGUAAUCAGUUGUGUUCGAUAUUUCGAUGCAGAAUCCGAAAGUUUCUCAUGGGAAGAACUGAUUCAAACUCGACUUCCAUCAUUAACACAUUUUCACUUCUUCUUUCGAUAUGAUAUUCAAAUGUUUUCAAACAACUACAUGAGUCUUCAUUCCAUAAUUAAACAAUUUCGUUCACCAUUCUGGUUGGAAGACAAACAAUGGUUUGUCACUUGCGAUUUUGUCUUGAAUGCAUUAUCAUCAUCAGAAAUCAUACUCUAUACCAUACCUCAACCUAUCUAUGGCGCUAAGAUCUUCAUUAGAUGCCAUGCUCGAUCUACCGAUAGCAUUUGUUAUUUCACUAAAGAUUUGUUUGAACAAGAUGAGAAUGACGAUUUGUUAGAAUUAAAUCUUGCAAAUAUGAGAACGCGAUCAACGAAUAUUCAACUUUUAGCAUGUGCACUACAACACAACACAACAGUCGCUAUUCUCAAUUUAGAUGGAAAUCAAAUCAAUUCAGAUGGAAUCCGACACCUAGCGGAUGUACUGAAGGAUAAUACGACAAUUCAAACAUUAAGUUUGAAUGGCAACAUCAUCGGAGAUGUAGGAGCACAGUAUUUAGCGGAAAUGUUACAAUCAAAUAAUACUCUGACAACUCUUCGAAUAUGCGGGAAUCAAAUUGGAGAUGAAGGAAUACGAUAUUUGAGUUCUUCAUUACAAACAAAUACAACAUUGACUUCGUUGGAUAUUAGUGGAAAUCGUAUUGAAAACGAAGGGGUACGGCAUUUAGCGGAUGCAUUCAAGAAAAACAAAAUGUUAACCACGCUGAGUUUUCAAGACAACUAUUGGAAAGACGAAGGAAUUCAACACUUAUGCCAGGCAUUACGAAAAAAUACGACCAUACUCACAAUUGAUCUGCGUAGUAACCAGAUCGUACCAUCAAGCAGUCAACAUUUAAGCGACAUGCUUGAAACGAAUACAACACUCACAACGCUCAUUUUAGCAGAUAAUGAACUGGAAAGCAAGGGAAUUGAACUCCUCGCCUGUGGACUACGGAAAAAUACGGUGAUAUCGGCACUUCGAGUACUGAAUCUUCGAUUUAAUCGUAUUGAUGUUGACGGUGCCGAACAUUUAGCAGAUGUUCUAAUAUACAAUACAUCAUUGACCACACUUUCACUUUGGAACAACCAAAUAAAAGAUACCGGAGCACGUUGCCUAGCUGAUGCAUUGAAACAGAACAAAACUUUAAUAGCACUUGAUCUUGGUCGAAAUUUCAUCGCAGUAACCGGAGCGAGAUAUUUGGCUGAUAUGUUACGAAUAAAUACAACAUUGACCAGUCUUGGUCUGUGGAGCAAUGAAAUCAAAGAGAAAGGUGUUCACUAUCUCGUUCAAGCCUUGUCAUCGAAUGAAACAUUGACAACACUCGAUAUUGGUUCCAAUCCAAUUGGUGAUAAUGGAGAACAAUAUUUGAUAGAAUUGUCGAAGACAAACAAAUUAUUAACAACUUUGAAUUUCAAUGACAAUCUUGUCGAUAUUAUUUAG